GUCUGUGGCCGACCAAUUUCUGUUCGUGCGGGAUGGCAUUGGAGAUUCUAGAUUUCUAACGCGAUUCUGGAUUCCCAUCGUGUGUUCCUCAAAUCCUUUACGCGAGGCCAUCACGUGUUCCUUGGCCUUUGCAUUGCGAUGUGCAUGCUUUUCGAUCCCCUUGCGUUUCUGAUGUGGCAUUGCUGAUUGCAUCUUCUUUAUGCAAAAGUUGGAGGAGGAAAUGGGACGGCUUUUCGCCGUGAUUGCAUCGUCGCGUAAUGGGCUCGGAACGGAGAGGUGAUUGGAAGCCAUUGUUGCUGCAUUUUGACGUGCCUUCGAGCUUGAUGGAAGCAAAGAACCAACCCGGCGAGGACAGGCCGCCGGCGCAGCCCGAGCCGAUGGACUCGCCGCGGGCGGCGCAGGCGGCGACGCGGCGCAAGAAGAUGACUAAGCAGCUGACCGGGAAGCGGGACGACACCGCGAUGCACGCGGCGGCGCGCGCCGGGCAGCUCGGCUCCGUGCGGGAGAUGCUGUCCGGAAAGACCCCGGAGGAGCUGGGCGCGCUGCUUUCGAAGCAGAACCAGGCCGGGGAGACGCCGCUGUUCGUCGCCGCCGAGUACGGGUACGUGGCCCUGGUGGCCGAGAUGAUUAAGUACCACGACGUCGCCACUGCCGGCAUCAAGGCCCGCAGCGGCUACGACGCCCUCCAUAUCGCCGCCAAGCAAGGGGAUGUAGACGUGGUGAGGGAGCUGCUGCAGGCGCUGCCGGAGCUGUCGAUGACGGUGGACGCGUCGAACACGACGGCGCUGAACACGGCGGCGACGCAGGGGCACAUGGAGGUGGUGAGGCUUCUGCUGGAGGUGGACGGGAGCCUGGCGCUGAUCGCGCGGAGCAACGGCAAGACGGCGCUGCACUCGGCGGCGCGGAACGGGCACGUGGAGGUGGUGCGGGCGCUGCUGGAGGCGGAGCCCAGCAUCGCGCUGCGCACGGACAAGAAGGGGCAGACGGCGCUGCACAUGGCCGCCAAGGGCACCAGACUGGACCUCGUCGACGCGCUCCUCGCCGGCGAGCCGUCGCUGCUCAACGUGACGGACAACAAAGGCAACACCGCGCUGCACAUCGCGUCACGCAAGGCGCGCCACCAGAUCAUAAAGCGGUUGCUUGAGCUGCCGGAUACGGACCUCAAGGCGAUCAACCGGUCCCGCGAGACCGCGCUGGACACGGCGGAGAAGAUGGGCAACGCGGACGUGGCCGGCCUGCUGGCGGAGCACGGCGUGCAAUCUGCGCGCGCCAUCAGCCCCGGCGGCGGCAACCCGGCGCGCGAGCUGAAGCAGCAGGUGAGCGACAUCAAGCACGAGGUGCACUCGCAGCUGGAGCAGACGCGGCAGACGCGCGUGCGCAUGCAGGGCAUCGCGAAGCGCAUCAACAAGCUCCACGAGGAAGGGCUGAACAAUGCCAUCAACUCGACGACGGUGGUGGCCGUGCUGAUCGCGACGGUGGCGUUCGCGGCCAUCUUCACGGUGCCAGGCGAGUACGUGGAGGACCCUUCCAGCCUGGCCCCGGGGCAAGCGCUGGGGGAGGCGAACAUCUCCCACCAGACGGCGUUCAUCAUCUUCUUCGUGUUCGACUCGGUGGCGCUCUUUAUCUCGCUGGCCGUGGUGGUGGUGCAGACGUCGGUGGUGGUGAUCGAGCGCAAGGCCAAGAAGCAGAUGAUGGCGGUGAUCAACAAGCUCAUGUGGGUGGCGUGCGUGCUCAUCAGCGUGGCGUUCCUGGCUCUGUCGUUCGUCGUCGUCGGCCGCACCGAGCGGUGGCUGGCCGUGGCCGUGACCAUCAUGGGCGCCACCAUCCUGGUCACCACCAUCGGCACCAUGCUCUACUGGGUCAUCGCGCACCGGCUGGAGGCCAAGCGGAUGCGCAGCAUCAAGCGCUCCUCGCUCAGCCGCUCCCGGUCCUUCUCCUGCUCCGGCAUGUCCGAGAGCGAGUGGAUCGACGAGGAGUUCAAGAGGAUGUACGCCAUCUGACGACUAAUGCUGCUUUAAUCUCGUACAUGACCAUGCCGACGUUGCCGUGCCGGGUUUCAGCAGCUUGAUCUGAACUAUUUGCCCCGUUGCUGAAUUCUAAUGGGGCGUAUGGCUAUGGAAGCAGCUGUCACGGUCAGCGCAGUUUUUAUCUUAGCUUUAACAAGAGAUGAAUUGUACAAGCGAAUAACUAACGAUUGCAACUACGAACGUACCAUUUUUUUUGAAUCAAGGAGCUUUAUUGCUUAAUUUGUAGCAGGGUUAUAAUCGAGAGAACGAUGCGUAGUCGACGCUUGCUUUGCAAAUGUGCGCAGCCUUAUUACAAGAACGACUAAUAAACCAAAAAACUAAGAAA